AGGGAACAAGCUUCCACCUUGUCGGAAACUAUACCAGUCGACAAGUUCUAAGGAUGACAUCAAUUAAUGAUUUAAAACUAAAAAAAAGUAAUAGGGUAAGUGAUGACACUUAACUAUAUAUAUAUAUGUAUAAAUAUAUAUGCGCAUAUAUAUAUAGGGUUUUUCUAUAGUGCGGAUAUCCAUAUGCUUUUAUCAUACGAAAGAUAAUUUUUGAACAAACCGUGAUCAAUACUACUAUACAAAGAUGACAGCAUUUUCAAAAACAAUCAUCUUUACUGAUAUCCACACGAUAAAAAUAUGCGAAUGUUCAUAUCAUAUAAUUGUCAUACAUAUAUAUAUAUAUAUAUAUAUAUAAGAAAAUUCUUAGGUCACAACUUUCUUUAUCAGCCCUUUUAGAUUACUUAAAAAGAUGGGAUUUAAUUAAUGAUUCACAUGAGGUUUAUAUGAGUCAAUACAUAAUUCACUUUGUCUUCCUAGAAUUUUAAAUUUAUACUCUAUAUGAGUCAAUACACAAUUCACUUUGUCUUCCUAGAAUUUUAAAUUUAUACUAAACUCAUAAACCCUACAUACAUCUUUAAACCACAGUUAUUCCUCCCACCUUAUAUUGGGAAUCUUCUAGUGUGGCAAGUGGCUUCCACGACACAUGCAUGCCAACAUGGUUCUCCCCAUGUUCCCAACAAAUCAUAAUUCUAUAUAUACAAAUAUUUUUAUUUGUCCAUAAUUGUUCUUUUUGUUUAAUGUAACAGACUUUAAACAAUUUGAAAAUCAUCGACCUGAGUUGUUCGAGGAAUCUUAGUGAGUUUGAAGACUUUUCGGUGGUUCCAUAUUUGGAGAGGUUGAACCUUGAAGGUAAAACUAUCAAAGAUUGACCCUUCUAUAACUGUUCUUAAAAAGCUUAUUGAACUGAACCUGAAAGAUUGCACGACUCUUGAAGAGUUCCCAAAGAGUAUAAAAGGUUUGAACUCCCUCAAAACUCUAAAUCUUUAUGGUUGUUUGAAGCUUUGCAAAUUACCAGAAGACUUUGGGGAUCUACAGAAUUUGAUUGUGCUUGAUGUGAGAAAAAGUGGAAUGACACACCUUCCAUCUUCAAUCUUUCAUGUUGAAAAGCUUCAAACACUAUCUUGUUGUAAUGAAGUAGCAAAAUCAACUCUCAGGGAAAAUAUAAUGAAUCCCACAUCUGUCAAGUGUUUCUUGCCGAGACGUUUUUGUUCUUUUAAAGAGCUGGAUCUAAGUGAUUGCAAACUUACAGAUGAAGCAUUCCCUGAAUAUUUUGGUGGCUUAGUUUCUCUGGAAAAAUUAAAUCUCAGCAGAAACUCUUUUUCUGUUCUACCUCGAAGUAUAAAGAAACUAUCCAACCUUACACAUCUUAAUUUGGAGCAUUGUGAAAAUCUUACACAUUUGGGGCCAGAUCUUCCAUCCACCCUAGAAAAUGUAAUACUUAAUUACUGUACCUCGCUGAACUCCUUGGAUUCACUGCAGAAGCCCUGCCACUUGCGGUGUGUCGACUGCUUUAAGUUGGUACAGAAGCAAGGUAGCAAAACAACAGUACUUGCAUCACUGCAAAGAUACUUUCAGGAACCCACUAAUGGAAGCAGAGAUUUUGACAUUAUUCUUCCGGGAAGUGAAAUCCCAGAUUGGUUCAAGACAAAAUCUUCAAUGCCAUCAUCAAUAAGAAUAGAAAUAGAUGCAAAUUGGUACAAAAAUGGAAAGUGGAUAGGUUUCGCUAUGGCUGUCUGCUUACAUGCCAAUUCCUCUGCGUGUGAUAAUUUUAAAUAUAUUGUAAGAUGUUGUAGCAAAGUAGCCAAAAGAUGUAGAAUCAUGCAUUCUAUUGGAAGAAUUAAAAGCAGAAGCUCGGAUCAUCUUUGGCUAUUCUUUUUGCAUCGUGAUUCCAUCCAGUCAGAGUGGCUGCACGAGACUCGUGGCAACCUUGAGUUUUCAGUCUCUGCUUAUAAUGGAAACGCGGAGGACGAGUCAUACUGUGGACCAUGUGGUCUUCGUUUGGUGCAUGACAAUGACAUCGAAGAACUCAACCAACUUUCCAAGAACAACUUCACCGAAACUGAUACUCAUCAAGAAGAUUUACACUCCCCGCCUUCCAACAGGGUGGACAACAUGAUCAAUCCCACUGUUGGCAAAGGUGUCUUACCAGGUCAUGAUCCUUCAUCCUUAACAAAAUUGGAUCUAAGUAGCCGCAAUCUCACAGAUGAACCAUUUCCUGAAGAUUUUGGGUGCUUAGUUUCUCUAGAAGAUUUAAAUCUCAGCAGGAACCCUUUUAAUGUCCUACCUCCCAGUAUCAAAAAUCUAUCCAAGCUUAAAUAUCUUAAUCUGGAAUAUUGUACAAGCUUAAAAUGUCUGGGGCCAGAGGUUCCAUCUAGCGUGGAAACAAUAUUGGUAAAUUAUUGUACCUCACUAAACUCAUUCUUGGAUCCAUCAAACCCAUGUCAUUUGCGGUGUUCCGAAUUUUGUGUGGACUGCUCUGAGUUGGUAAAGAGGCAAGACAGCACUAUGACAGCUUUAACAUCACUGAAAAGAUAUCUUCAGGAACCCCCUGAUGGAAGCUUACGUUUUGACAUUGUUCUUCCGGGAAGUAAGAUCCCAGAAUGGUUUUCCCAUCUAGAUGGUGGGGGAUCAAUAAGGACAAAGUUAUUUCCAAAUUGGUGCACCACCGAUGAAUCUCCUCAUGGUGAUUGCCAGGAUGGGCUUUCCUCACCUUCGGAGAGAUUAGAAGAGAGUGACAAGUUUAGCUCAAGAGAUAAGUGGGCUAAAUAUCAUGGCCGCACGAACACUGAACCUCCAUGCAUGCUAAGGCCAACCAGACAUGGUGAUCCUCAAAAUUUCUAG